AUGAGGAAAGUGAGAGAAUGUCAGGUGAGUGGAGAAAGAGCCAUUUGCAAGAACAAAGGAGAUGCACAGAAUUGUGCUAACUGCCGGGGCAUCAAACUAAUGAGUCAUAUAAGAAAGUUUUGGAAAAGGGUGAUACACACAAGUCUAAGGAGUUACUGCAGAAGUUGUGAUGAACAUACCACAGAUGCCAUCUUUGUACUGCGAAUGUUGAUGGAAAAGUACAGGGAAAGACAAAGGCAACCGGGUUGCAUGUUUUUGGAACUGAAGAAGAGAUAUGACAAAGUACCAAGAGAGGAUCUGUGGCACUGCAUGCAGGAGUCAUCUAUACCGGAAGUGUUUGUAAGGGUGGUACACGAUAUGUAUAAUGAGUUUAUGACAGCAGUGAGAAGUGCAGUGGGUACCACAGAAGGGUUUAAGGUGUAA